AGCUGUUUUGUUUACAAAUCAACUCAAAAUACACGUGGUUUGCAGUUUAUUGUUACAUUUUCUUGAUAUUCCUGGAUUUUUGCUGUUUAUUAUCAUGGGAAAAGUAAAGAAAGAGCCAGAAAGUGUGGAAAAUCCCGAAGAAGUUGUAAUUAAGAAGGAAGAUACGGAAACAUACGAGGAAAAACUCUUGUAUGUCACACCAAUUGCAAAACCAAUGGCAUCAAAGAAAUUAGCCAAAAAAUGCUUCAAAUUGAUAAAGAAGGCCACCAAGCAGAAGACCUACCUACGGAAUGGACUAAAGGAUGUUCAGAAACGUCUGCGAAAGGGAGAAACCGGAUUGGUUGUAUUUGCGGGGGAUGUUCAGCCAAUUGAUAUGAUUUGCCAUCUACCAGCUGUGUGCGAGGAGAAAGGCAUUCCGUACGUUUAUGUGCCCAGUAAGGCUGAUUUGGGUAAUGCCCUGGGUGUGAAGAGAGCAUCCGUUUCAGUUCUCAUUCGUGAGCAUGCAGAUUACAAGGAACUCUUCGAGGAGUGCUCAACUGAGAUGAAGCAUCUUCCUGUUCCAUCGUAGAGAGGCAAUAAAUUGUAGUUUUUCCACAA